AUGGCGCCCACCAAAAAGUCCCCAUCAUCCUCCAAAACGCGUUCCUCGUCAUCUCAAGCGGGCCUGCAAAAAGUCAAAGGCGAAAACUUCUACCGCAAUGCGAAGGCGGUCGCCCGCCUCAAGAUGCUCAGCGGCGGCAAAGCCGUGCGUGACAAGGACGGAAAGAUUAUUCAGGCCGCUGCGUUUCAGAAGGGCGAGGACGAGACGAAGCCCGGGCGCGUGCAGCCCGACCGCAGGUGGUUCGGAAAUACGAGGGUCAUAUCGCAGACUGCGCUCGACCAUUUUCGUACGAGCCUCGCGGGGAAGCAGCAUGACCCGUACACCGUGCUCCUCCGUCGGAACAAGCUCCCCAUGGCGCUGCUCGACGACGCGGCGAAUCCGAACCUGCGAAAACGGUCACAUAUUGUAGAGACAGAGCCGUUCAAGGACACCUUUGGACCCAAGGCGCAGCGCAAGAAGCCCAGGCUGGACGUCGGGACGUUCGAAGAGCUUGGAAAGGUCGGUGAAACAGCGGAGGAAGAAGCCGCUCAGUCUGCAUCUGGCACCGCGGAGGGGACGUCAGACCCGCUCACUUCGGUAACGGCGGACUUCCAGCCGACACACGCGGACCUCAUCGAGCCCAUCUACGCCAAAGGAACGUCCCGCCGGAUAUACGGCGAGCUCUAUAAAGUCAUCGACUCGUCAGACGUGGUCCUGCACAUCCUUGAUGCGCGGGACCCAAUGGGCACACUCUGCGAAUCGGUGCUGGAGUACAUCAAAAAGGAGAAAGCACACAAGCAGGUCGUGUUGAUCAUCAACAAGUGCGACCUGGUCCCCAACUGGGUCACGGCUCGCUACAUCCAGCACCUCACGCCGCGAUACCCCACAUUGGCCUUCCACGCGUCACCGAACCACUCCUUCGGCAAGGGCUCGCUCAUCCAGCUCCUGCGCCAAUUCUCACAACUACACUCGGACAAGAAGCAGAUCUCGGUCGGGUUUAUUGGCUACCCGAACGUGGGUAAGAGCAGCGUCAUUAACACGCUCAAAAGCGGCAAGGUGUGCAACGUCGCGCCCAUCCCGGGAGAGACGAAAGUGUGGCAGUAUAUCACGCUAACGAAGCGUAUCUACCUGAUCGACUGCCCGGGCGUCGUCCCGACAUCCGCGAAGGACUCGCAGACCGCGACGGUGCUCAAGGGCGUCGUGCGUGUGGAGGCGCUCGCCUCGCCCUCGGAGCACAUCCCCGAGCUCAUGGCGCGCGUCAAGCCGAUCUACCUCUCGCGCACAUACGGCGUCCCGCUCCCAGAUCCCUCGGAUCCCGCGAGCGGGUGGGCGCCGGAGCAACUGCUCGACACCCUCGCGCGCAUGAAGGGCCGCCUGCUCAAGGGCGGGGAGCCCGAUUUGGAGGCGGUCGCGAAGAUCGUGCUCAGCGACUGGGUCCGCGGGCGCAUCCCGUUCUUUGUUCCUCCCCCAGAGCGCUCCGAGGAGCUCAACCAAGCGGAGGCGAAGAAGGCAAAGAAGGUGGAGGCGAAGGGGAAGGCGCCCGCGGGCGCUUCGAAGGAGGCGGUUGUGGGCGUGAAGCAGAACUUGGGCUCGAUUAUGCAGAAGAAUACGUUUGUAGGCGAUGAUGUCCGCCCGUUAGAACGGGAGGAGGACGGAGUUGUUGCGGAUGAGGAGGGGGUUGAGGUGGAUGAGGCGCAGUUAAGCGAUGAGGAAGAGGCUGGGGAAGAAGAAGAGACGUUGGACUGGAAUGAUGUCUUCAAGGGUGACAAUCACGUGGAUGCGAAAGAGGACGACGUGCCCACUGUAUUCAGCAAGUUAGAGGACGAUGAGAUCGAGGAUGCCUCGGCUUCCGAAGGAGCAGAAGCAGAAUCGGUCGACGACGCAGCUGAGCAGCCGAAGAAAGAAACUCGCAUGAAGACCAACAAGCGCAAAGCGACGAACUUUUAUUCCGCAACGAAUGUCAAGAACAAGAACCGUCAAAAAGCCACACUCAUGAAGUCACUGCAAGGCGGCGAGAGGGGAGAUGGUCGGAAACGGAGAAGGAAAACAUAG